AUCCUGACGGAUCCACAUUGGAUUUUUCCUCCUCCUGCUAGGCCGCGCGCACACAUACACAAACACACACACAAUCAUAAAUGGGAACUCUGAACUGGAGAACCGAGGAAUCGAAGAACUGAUUGUUGUCGCGUUGCGUUUUUUAAAACUGAGCCUUCGAAAGAGUUUAUGCCUACUUGGUUAAGUUUGUUCGGUUUUUAAUUUGGUCUAUCUCCGGUCCGGUGUUGUUAUUGUUCUUUCCCUCGCUCGGUUUCCGGUUUUCGCGUUUCGGGUUGUGGUUUGAGAAACGGGUGACUGGCUGAAGAUUACUAAGUUCUACACAGUGCGAGAAUGGUGGAAUGCGAAGAAUAAUUGUGUGCAAGUUGUCUUUGGCCGAUGACGACUUCUGUUGGGAGGACGGAUUUAGUUUGCGGAUGAUGAUGGUUGGCCGGAAUCGAUUCUCGGAUUAAAACGGCUCCCGGCUCGGGACGGGUUGUGGUUUGGUUAGUGAGGCUUAGUAGUGAGUGAAGAAGCAGGAGGAGAAGACGGAAACGGAGAUAUAGUAUUAAGAGAAGGCUGCUGAUGCCUCCACAGUAGUAGAUGAGGAUGACGAUGAUGUGUUCAGUGUUUCCGGUUGGCCUACUUUGAUUCGUCACAACACCAACAGAAGGAAGGAAGCGUGGUGCGGUAAUGAUUGUUGGUUGCUGGGGACUGGUGGAAAUGUUCCAAGUUCAAUAGCCACACAGUGUGCGAGAAGAAAAUUUUUUGGUGCAGUGCUUCGCACUAGCCUACUACGAAGAGGCCUCGAGGCCUACUUCGAUCCGGGGGAUUAGCUGCUUCGGGAAGCCUUCUCUUGCUGGCGCUAAGCUGAAGUGGAACCAGGGGGGCUCUAUCCUUGACGCAGUGAACGAGAAUUGUAGCAGCAGUAGCAGUACGUGGGAAAAUAAAUAGCAGGAAAAAGCAGUGUGGUGCUGGCACAUUGUGUUCGGUGGUGAAACCGGAUGAUUGUGGGAAGGGGAAAGGUUGAAAUCCGGAGUGUGGUGGCAGCUGCUGGCAGCAGGAGCAAAAACGGCUCUCGCAUAUAUGAUGAGGCAAAAAUGGAAAAUGCAUUCUAGGUUCGAAGUCCUGCAGCAUCAGCAGUAUCGUCGGCGCGCCUCGAACCGAUAGAGGGUGCUGCUGCUGAAAGCCGAAAAACUGCGAGUGAGCCUUGUGCGGGGAGGCCUUGCACAAACCAAAGCGUCUAUGGAUGUUGUGUCAUUUUGUGAAUGAAAAUCGAUACCACUCGCUGGUUGAAGGCUUUUGAGCCCAAACGAGGAAGACACGGAAGGACGAGGGAUUGUUAUUGAGUUUUUUCCCCCGUUUUAAAGACUCAACCUUCGUCGUUAACUGAAGCACGCUGAGAAAUGAAAAAAAUAAUGUAAUUAGUUGUGGACCGAGGAGUGAACCUUGUGGCGCCUCUAUUUUAUGGCGGUACAGAAAAAAUCGAAUUGAAUCCCGACGACGACGACGACGACGGUUUAGAACUUUAACACGAAAACGCGUUAAUAAUUCGACGUUUUGCAGACCGGAAUUUUCUCCUCCGAAUCUCUUCAGCACUGCAGCGUGCCGAUCCUGCAUAAUUGAUGGAGCCGAGCUAACCGUUCUCGCGUGGCGGCCCCAAAAGUUACUGUAGAGAGCGUUUAAAAUAUUCCGGCAGAGAUCCUCGACCCACCUCAUCCUGAAUUCCGCCGCUAAUCGCACCCGCAUGAGUCCGCGCUAGCUGCCCGACACCACCAGAAUCUAGAGUGUGAAAAAAGUAUUACGCCAACCUGAAUCCGUGAUUCCGUUUCCGCCGGACCGGAAACGGACGACCACGUGGGAGUCACUGCCGAAACCCUCUCUGUUUAGUGUACAGUGCUCAUGACCGAGUAAAUUGUUGAAUAUUUUAUAGAAGCUCACCUCGCCUCGUAUAGUCGAGUCAGUGCUCGUCAGUUGUUGUUUUCCACCUCCAUGAUAGUCGAUAGUGUACAUUCAGGCGCCAAUCCCGAGGGAUGGCUCUGCUUAAACCCUGUCAUUCGACUGCGCCUACUACCACGACUCGUUGCUACGGAUUGCCGAAAUUAUGAUGCUGUUCAGCGCCUUCUAGUGAUCUAGUUAAUUCGUUUGAAUGUCCUUAAGCGCUACACACUCAGAUAAAAAACAUCAAUAAACAAAUACAGCAGCACUCUCUUCCUUUGCACCUGUUUAAACAAUAUCAAAACUAGCACCGGAAAGUCACUCUAGUGCAGACAAACUAACCGGGCUUCAUUUCCAAUAAAAAAAAAACUUUGGAAGCACCACUCACUCACUCUCUUCAAAAUCCCAAAACCUUCACCAUUCGACUUUUACAAUCUUACAAACUGUUCUGAAAUCGUCACAUCAAAAACAACACAUCAACCCUUCCCCUCGAACCUUAACAAAAACAAACAACAAAAACAAUCCAGUGCACGUCUAACGGAAAGUUAAAACCAUUUGUUAAAUUUUAACCCAAUUAAAACCUAACAAAAUAAAACCGUAUAGGGCUAAUAAACCAACGCAAUAUAAACAAAUAAAUCUAAUCGAAUUGUUGUUGUUGUUCAAACAAAACAAAAACAAACAUAUAUAACUGCUACCACUACCAUUACUGCAAAACGUAUUAAUACCAAUUUCGUAGUUAAAUCGUUGAACGAAUCUUAUUUCUUUAAGCAAAUAAAGAAACCUAAUCGUAAUAAUUAAAACGAGGUAAUACGAGUAACAAACUUACAUAUAAAACCACCUUUAAAAUAAAACAAUUAUCACCACCAUCCCCGCCCUUAGAGCGCAGAAGAGCAAAGAAAAGCAAAAGGGUAACACCGCCUCAAGACACCCUCUUCAAAACGAAUCUAAAAUCGACGAAGCCGACAGUCUUAUGAUCAACUGAAAAAAAAACUACAACUACUCCUAACUACUUGAAACAGUCAACAAACAACAACAGCAACUUAAACAGCUAUAACAACUACUACUUCUAUUGUUACUACUACAACUACCACUAAAACAACAACAAUAAAAAUAACAACUGUUGCUACUUCUACUACUAUUGCUACUACUUAUUGAAUCCGUUAAAAUCCACCAAAAACUAUUAACCAAAACAACCCUAAACAAAAUUAAACAGAAAACAACCUUAAAACAAAAUAAAUCAAACCCCUAAAAUGGAACUCUUCUCGACCACGGCUUCGCGGAUGCUCACGCUAACGCUAACGCUGGUGGUGUUGAUGUUGAUGCUGUCCGAGGUGCAUGCUACGAUUGCUGAAGUGGUGACGCAGCAGCCGCUGGUGGCUGCGGAAGUGUUUGGUGGUGGUGCAGUUUCCGGGUUUCCGAAGGCGGCCAUCACGCGGUUCCUGUUGCUGCUGCCCUCGCUCCUGACGCUCGGGAUCGGCUGGCUGUGGCUGCCGCUGCCAGUGGUGAAUGCUGGCUAUCACGAAAAGCGGCUGCUGCACCAUCUGCUCGAUAACUACAACGUGCUCGAGCGGCCUGUCGUCAACGAAUCGGACCCGCUGCAGCUCAGCUUCGGUCUCACGCUGAUGCAGAUCAUCGAUGUGGAUGAAAAGAAUCAACUGCUGAUCACCAACAUUUGGCUGAAAUUGGAAUGGAACGACAUGAACGUCCGGUGGAACUCGACGGAAUACGGCGGUGUGCGAGAUUUGCGGAUACCACCGCACCGGCUCUGGAAGCCGGAUGUGCUCAUGUACAACAGUGCCGACGAAGGUUUCGACGGGACCUAUCCGACGAAUGUGGUGGUCCGGAACAACGGAUCCUGCCUGUACGUGCCGCCCGGCAUCUUCAAGUCCACCUGCAAGAUCGACAUCACCUGGUUCCCGUUCGACGAUCAGCGCUGUGAGAUGAAGUUCGGCUCCUGGACCUACGACGGGUUUCAGCUGGACCUGCAACUUCAGGACGAAUCCGGUGGCGAUAUCAGCAGUUUCAUCACAAACGGCGAAUGGGAAUUGUUAGGUGUGCCCGGCAAGCGGAACGAAAUCUACUACAACUGCUGCCCGGAGCCGUACAUCGACAUCACGUUCGCGAUCCUGAUCCGCCGGAAGACGCUCUACUACUUCUUCAACCUGAUCGUGCCGUGCGUGCUGAUUGCGUCGAUGGCCCUGCUCGGGUUCACACUGCCACCGGAUUCCGGCGAGAAGCUGUCGCUCGGAGUCACCAUUCUGCUGUCACUAACUGUCUUCCUCAACAUGGUGGCGGAAACGAUGCCGGCCACCUCGGAUGCUGUGCCUCUGUUAGGAACCUAUUUCAAUUGCAUCAUGUUCAUGGUGGCCUCGUCGGUGGUGUCCACCAUUCUGAUCCUCAACUACCAUCACCGGAACGCGGACACCCACGAGAUGUCCGAAUGGAUUCGGGUGGUGUUCCUGGUGUGGAUGCCGUUCUUGCUGCGGAUGACCCGACCCGGGGAACCCUACCCGCAUCCUUGCCGACCGUCGGGCGACGAGAAAAACAAACAACUGCAGGAGGUGGAAAUGCGGGAAAGAUCCUCGAAGUCGCUACUGGCCAACGUGCUGGAUAUCGACGACGACUUCCGGUGUAAUCACCGGUGCAGCACACUGCCACACAACCCAACCUACUACCGGACGAUGUACCGGCAGCCGGAUGAUGGCCCGGGCGGCGUUGGAGGUGGGGGAGGAGGAGGGACCGAUACCAUCGGACGGAGCGGAGGUCUUGGGACGAUCAGUGCGGCCGGUGGGCGGCUGCACGAAACCGUCUCCUCGCACACCUGUCUCAGCUCGUCGGCCGAGUACGAGCUGGCUCUGAUACUCAAAGAAUUGCGAUACAUUACGGAUCAGCUCCGCAAGGAGGACGAAACGGGCGAAAUCACCAAGGACUGGAAGUUUGCCGCUAUGGUGGUUGAUCGAUUGUGCCUUAUCAUCUUCACCCUAUUCACGCUGAUCGCAACACUGGCAGUACUGUUCUCGGCACCGAAUUUUAUCUUUUAACAACUACCGUCAUCAGCAGCAGCAGAAACAGCUCCAUCACUGUCUUCGACCUCAUCGUCCUCCGCGGCUACCACAACUGGCAACCUUCCUAUUACUACGACAACUACAACUAGCAACACUGCUGGCGCCGAUCUGGACAGCACCACGAUCGACAUCGUCCAGAUCUUACACUCCGCGGGAACGGGUACGGUGGCACCUCCAAAGAACGCCGACAGCGACGAUCCGCUGAUCGUGCUCGGCGGAACGCUGGCCCUGGUCGUGGUGCUGGCAGCCCUCGUCUCGCUGGCAACCCUGCUGGCCGUGGUACUACUGCUCCUGGGCACCCGCGGCAACGGUACCCUCACCCAGCUACUCGCGGCGACUGAUUACAAGCUAAGAAAGUACGUUCACAUCUUCGUCAAAAAUUUUAAACUGAUCAACGAUACAUGAGAGGGGCAGCCGGGGAUGACAACGACGACGACGACAUCGACGGUCUGUCAACCCCCUUUGCUGGCACUGCUGUGUUCAUCCUAAAGUAGUUUCCCGAUAGAAGGCCGGUGGUCUUCCUUUCUGGGGAAAACCGGCCGGGUGUGCAGAAGGUCUGUUGUUUUUUUUUUGUAGGAGAUGCCUACCAUUCCGUUAGAAAAGGGUUCUAAAUACCACACGUACUAAACCCUCUACAUGCAAUCUACAGUUAGUAGACUGACUCUGGGAGGAAAAGCGGAAAAUUUCUAGGUGCUGAUCGAAUUUCUCCCCGAUGAAUCAUUAUUUACUAGAAGAUUUUUAAAAAUUAAACCACAACAUUGGCGAUCCUGUCAUUAGUCUAGCAAUGGGUCAGUCUAGUUUAGAAACAAGCAAUUAGGUU